GACAUUCCAGUCAUUCGACAGUCAUCAAAACACUUUCGUCAAAGUAGGGUGAACAGAGGCAGAAGAAAACAGUGGAAAAGGCAGUCGUGAAAAAUUUAUCAAUAAAGUUCUUUGCUUUGAAGGCAGGACAGUCGCAUAGGAUAAAGUAAACUGCAGCAACACCUCGGCUCAAGGACAGUUCCGGACAGCAAGUCACCACAACAAAAUGUCGAUCAUGGACAGAAUCAGACAGUCAUACUGGGUCGAAAAUGUCCCCAGACGGAACAUUAUCGCGACCCUGGUGGCGUCAUUCCUGUUCUUCUCCGGGUGGUGGAUCGCAAUCGAUACGGCCUCGGUCCAUCCAAAGUCGUGGGACUUUUCGUACUACAUCUGUGGCAUCCUGGCCACGAUCAGCUUCUUCAUGGUGAACUCGAUCUCGAACGAAAUGCUGCACGGUGGCGCGGCCUACACCGGCGGUGUGAUGGGCGAGAGCGGCAUUAAGGUGUUCCUGUUCAUCGGGUUCGUGCUGGGCUUCGCCUCGAUCAUCGCCGCCAUCUGGAUCAUGAUCGCCGAGUUUGCCGUCAACGAUGACAAGUCGGACAAGGGACCGGGGUACGCACUGCUGGUGCACAACAUCUUCAUCUUCUUCUCGUCGCUGAUCUACAAGUUUGGCCGCCACAGCGACGAUCCGUAUGCCGCGGGAAUCUUUUAAGAAGUGGCGUUGGGUUUUUUUCCUGGGUGGCGUGAGUACGAUUUUUUCCGUCUCAGUGCGUGUGAUCACACGAACUGCAUCUGCAUCUUUCAUUUCGAAUAAGUUUAUCAUACCUACUGAUCAUGAAUAUCCAGUAAAAUACAAUGAAAACAGGCAGCGGUAAAGAAGAUAAAUAUUCUUUUUUGUUUGGGUUUGUGAAGAGUAAAAAACAGAGUCAAGAGAAAAUACCGCCGCAAUUUAUGCAAAUUUUACAGUAACAGUAACAGUUAGCCGAUAAUCCCACACUCCAAACAAAGGAAAAGGAAGGAAUUUAUUCUAACAAUGUACCCGUAACUAUCCGAAAUAGAGUACUUUAAUUUUCUGGCAUAUGUAUAAAUUACUCAUAAAGUAUGUAAUAAAAAAGAGCAACUUACGAUAUAGGUAACAA